UGAUAGGAAGAUCGCCGGUGUAUUUCAUUUAGGACCUGCGCAGUACGGCGGCGUCUUCGUCAUGCAUUGGUGUCUUGUGUGGUGUUUUCUCCUGUGUGACUAUGUCGGUGUCUACUGUAAUCAUGGUGCAGCUAUACGGACUAUCGACUGCGAGGAGACGGCGGAGUCAUUCUUACAAUCCGAAGCUUGCGGUCCAAAUCAAAACUGCACAGUGCACUGCGAGGACAGUUGCUACACUGACAGUAACGCCGAAGUUUUUGGCACUGCGUUCUACUCGGUGGCCUCGUCGAUCUGUAAGAGUGCCCUGCAUGACUUGCGCAUUUCGUCCUGGAAUGCCAGUGCUAGGACAGCCACCUUCGUGGCCUCUGGUCACGAUGACAGACGCAAUGACUUUGUUGGAUCUGUCCGUUUCAACAUCCCAUCAAUGGAUCAGUUUAGGAGCACUACAUAUUUCUAUUUCACCUCACCUAGGGUCACCGAAGAAGUAUUGGACAUCACCAUGCUCCAUCGUAACUUCAUCUACGCAUCAUAUGAGCAACACGCGUCAGACAUCUGGUUGGAAGAUACACCCUCGCAGGAAUGCCAUGUGUCUCCUGGAUAUACAGCGCACUUUGAUUACACACUUAAAGAACUUGAACUUCAUCCUUAUGGCAACCUUUCACUGUCACCCAGCAACGGACGAUACAGCAUCACGUGGCCGAGCAAAAUUCUGCCCCAGAUUCGCACUAACAUGUUCUGGUGCAGAAUCCACAACAGAAUGACGUCAGACAUCGCGUCUCCGGCCAUGUACUUCGGUGACGUCAGUCGUGGCGUUCCAUUUCUUCCAAAACACUACACGAUCACCGUAAGCCUGGAUGAACCACUGGACAUAGAAGUGGUUCCACGGAGACCAGGCGAGGUGACCUCGUGGGUCAAGGUGGAUGGGCAUGGUAGUGGCAAUCAGCAUAAAUUGGACAACAGGGGUAACAGUACGUAUAACCUACACCGCGACAGAGCUGCGUUGCAUCAUGGCGGAGUGUACGUCGUCAACGGGCCACACACAAGAUCUCCUGGAAGGAACCGUGCUCUGAUGCGAGUCAUCGUGCGAAUGUGCAGAGCAAACAAGUACGGACCUGUGUGCGAAUCCACUUGCCCUGGCUGUAAAAACGGUGCCAUUUGCCACGACAUCAUCGGUCGCUGCAUCUGUCCUCCAGGGUUUAAAGGAGAACUCUGCGAAGAACCCUGUGGAGAUGAUAAAUUCGGCCACCAAUGCCAGAAACGUUGUUCAGACACCAAUCCCGACCCUGAGGCGAAAACCUGUUCGGGCAUCAUGAUCUGCCUUCCUGAUCCUUAUGGCUGUUCUUGUGGAACUGGCUUCAAGGGAUUCUUCUGCAACGAAACGUGUUCCGACAACGAAUAUGGAGCUGACUGCAAGCAGAAGCGCGUCUGUCACUGCAACAACAACGGGACCUGCAAUGUCUUCACUGGAACCUGCGUAGAUGAUAAUGAAGAGUGUCUCGAUGGCUGGAAGAACAAACCUUACUGCGAUAUCAGCUACCCUCUUCUUAAGAGAAAACCAAAGGUUUCAGACAUCAGUGACACCAGCGCUAGAGUGAUGUGGGACGCAUGGAAGUCUGGACGAGAUACAGGCGAAGGGAACCCUGAAGCGUACUUGCUCCAAUACAGGGAAAUUACAAGCGCGAAGUGGCCGACUACAAGAAAUGUUAUCUCUCCUACGAUCCAUAGUCGUGUUCUGUCGGGAUUGAAACCUGGCAUGCCCUAUGAGGUCAGAGUCCUGGUGAGAGACAGCGACAACAAGUACAGGAGUGAAGGGGCUCAGCAAGAACGCUUUAGAACGCGUUGUGGACUUGUAGACCAGCCUGGCUUGCAGGGAGUCGUCGGCAAUCUUGUUAUCCUCAAACUAUCUCCGCCCAGACAUAAGAAUGGCCCCAUCAGUAACUACUACGUGCUCGUGCUACGAGGCUACGAGAACUUGAAGGAAGACGUGACGCCGCUGACCUUCCAGGAGUCUCUGGAACGUGGCCUACCCUAUUAUGUGGCUGCUCGUGUCGCUCCAGGAGAGUUAAAACAAGACCGGAUCUUUGUCGUUGGCGAUAACUCUACCGUGGGAGGAUAUCACAACGCUCCUCUGGAGUCUGCAACACCAUACCGGUUCGCGCUGAUGGUUGAGCGCAACGUUUCCGUGGAUAUGACGUGUGCUUACGGCUUGUCACAUGCCGUCGUUGUCAACCCUAGGCCAGAUGGAGGAACCACCGUGGCCGUAGUGAUCAGCGUUCCCCUCAUAUUAGCCAUUUCAGCAGCAGUGUUAUACUACCGCAGCAGACGCAAGCGAAACCUGUCUGUCGAACGAGGAUGUGCCCUAGCACCUCCCGCCACGAAAGAGGUUCUGAAGAAACCCUCUGUCGGUUAUACAAACUGUGCCCCGGGAACUGAAGAGUACGUCGUCCUGAAUACAUCGCAGAGGAAAGGAACGAACGUAGAGUUGAUAUCGGUCCAACAAUUUCGGACGCAUGUCACCAACGCUGAGGCAAAUGGCGCGCUCAAGGAAGAGUACAUGGCUAUGGACUCGGGUGAGCUGCAUCCGUGCGAAGUUGCAAAACUGCCAGAAAACCGGCAUAAGAAUCGAUAUGGGAACGUUCUGCCAUACGACCAUUCGCGUGUUCUUUUGUUAGAGUUCCCACAUGGUGGGUCGGAUUAUAUCAACGCAAAUUAUGUUACUGGUUACAAUAACGAUAGAAGGUACAUCGCAACACAAGGUCCAACUCUUGCAACGGUCACCGACUUCUGGCGCAUGGUGUGGGAAUCUGGUAGCGGCAAGAUCGUCAUGCUUACCAACCUGGUGGAACAACAAGACGUCAGGUGCGCCAAGUAUUGGCCGGAAUCACUGGAGCAGUACGGCGAUAUUGAAGUCAGGCUACAUCACACCGACACCACGGAUGACUUCGUUAUAAGAGAGUUCGCUAUGUCAAAGGAAGAGAAGUGCCGACAUCUCCUGCAGUUCCACUUCACCAGUUGGCCCGAACAUGGCAUUCCUACUUGUCUGGAUGCCAUAUGUUCAUUUAUGAAACGAGUAAGGGGCUUCCAUCAUGAAGACUCUCCAAUCAUCGUCCACUGCAGUGCAGGUACUGGUGCAACCGGUACUUUCAUUCUAAUGGACAGCGUGCUGGACCAAGCAGAAGCCCUGAAGCAGUUGGACGUCUUCUCUCACUUAGAUGCUAUGCGACAAUGUCGGUCCAACUUAGUUGAGUCAUUGGACCAGUACGUCUUUGCGCACCGCGCGAUCGAGGCCCUCUGUAAAACGUGCCAUUCGAUAAGCGUCACAGACUUCAGGAAGCGAGUGCAGGACCUCAGAGUUCGAAAUAGUGUUUCGAGAAAAAGCAUAAUUCAGGAAGAGUUUGAGGAACUCAACAGACCAAUAUAUCGACGUAACGAAACCUACAACAGCGCCCUCAGCUGCGAAAACGUCGGGAAAAAUCAGACACGUGACGUUCUGGCAGGCGACUCCAAACGAUUCCUUCUGUGCCCUCCACAAGGUUCUGGUCGUACGGACUACAUCAACGCCGUCUAUGUUGAUGGUUACAGAAGCCGCAAUGCGUUCCUGGUGACUCAGUUCCCGAGACCAGACACGGUCGGAGACUUUUGGCAGAUGGUCUCGACGAGCAAGACAACAACCAUCGUCACUUUAGACAACUUGCAUCCGGCAGAUAAGAACUGCCCCCAGUUCUGGCCGGAAGUUCACCAGACUCUGAGAAACUACGGCUGCUCAGUCUGCAACACAGCGACGACGGUAAACUCUGGAAUCGUCAUGCGGACCUUUAGAGUUGAGCAGAAUGAGCAACCUUCUAGAGCAGUGCGCCAGUUCCACCUGCAAUGUUGGCCGCGAUCGGCCCUGGUGCCACCGUCUUGUGACGUCAUAGUGGACCUCAUUCAGCAAGUAGAGGACUGGCAGAGUCGAUCGCCGAACACUGUGCUAGUCAUUCAGUGCACUGACGGAUGCCGUGCGAGUGGUCUCUUCUGCGCUUCAAGUAUCAUCUGGAAACGAAUGAAGACAGAACAAAUGGUGGAUGUCUUUCAAAGCGUGCAGACCAUUGGAAGAAGUCGAACAGAAUUCGUGCGAGACCUGGUCCAGUACCAGUAUUGCUACGAUGUGGCCUUGGCUUUCCUCGACAACUUGAGUACCUACGCGAACCUCCAGUGACUGCGGGCUGUUCAUUUACUUCAUGGUGUUCGCCGCCUGUUAAGCUUCUAGUGUUCACUGCAUUUAGUUGAGUGUAUGAUUGUAAUACCCUUGUAACGUGGGCAGUUUUCAAUCAAACUUGAAACCAACGGACACUGAACACGCGGGUAGCGCCAUCAAGCGUAUGACCUGUCAACCUGUCAGGAAGUAUUGGAUGCAAUGAUGUUUGAGAAGUCGGCACUUUACUCGCUAGGUGGGGCUAUCCGCACGUUCUUUGGCCAUUUGUUCCAAUCAUAAUUGAAGACUGCGUAAGGCGACAGAGGCGUAAGUUGCGGAAGAAGAGAUAAUGGAUGGAUGGAUUGGAAUAAAGAAAUAAUCCU